AUGGGUUGUUGUUGCGACGAAGAUGACGGCGACAUUCUCCGUCAACUCAUGAGUUCUAAUUUCGCUUCUCCUUCAUCCGCCAAUAGCUCACCUUCUUCAACCGUAAUCUCACCGAUGAAUUCUCAUUUCUCCGCACUAUCCUCCACCGACACCCUCCAAAUCAUCUUCGAGAAUCUUCCGAUCCCCGAUCUCGCCCGUUCCAGUUGCGUCUGCCGAGUCUGGAACUCAGUAGCCUCACAAAGAGAUAUUGUAACAAGAGCUUUCUUAGCACCGUGGAAAUUGAAGGACGUAGUCGGAAACCCGCUCUCUAGAAGCUUCUGGAGAGAUAAUUCACUUGCCAAAUUCGCAAUCUCGCAUCGAAUUAUGCGAGGGGACAGUGUCGCUAGUCUCGCCGUCAAGUACUCCGUUCAGGUGAUGGAUAUAAAACGAUUGAACAAUAUGAUGAGCGAUCACGGCAUAUACUCAAGGGAAAGGCUAUUAAUUCCUAUUAGUAAUCCUGAUAUUCUUAUCAAAAGAACUUGUUUUAUUGAGCUAGAUGUUAAUGCUAAACGAGAAGUUGCAGUGUUGUACCCUGAUGAUGUACCAGACAUAAAGAGUAGCUAUGUAUCAAACAGAAUAUCUUCAGAAGAAAGCAACAAAAAGGUGCUUGACUCCUUGAAGAGAAGCAUGCAAGUUGAUAGUGAAACUGCUCAAUACUACUGGUCUGUUUCAAAUGGCGAUCCUCGAGCUGCUCUUGCUGAAUUUUCUUCGGACCUCCAAUGGGGUAGGCAGGUAGGUCAUUCCUAG